GAAGAAGGAUGGGUCGUGUGCCGAGCAUUUCGAAAGCCUAGUCCAAGUCACAGGCAAGGUUAUGAAGCAUGGUGCAGUAGUAGUAGCCAUCAACAACACUUUUACAAAGAUCAAAGCUUUGCAAGACCCUUAUCAAUUGCUGACAUUUUGAAUGAAACAAAUGUGCCUCAUCACCCUGCAGAAGCUCCAAGCUUUAGUCUUCCUUUCAACUCAGAUCAGCAGCACUUUAUUCUGCCAAACCAAACUGUCAUGGACAAACAGCUGAUUGAGCUUCCUCAGCUAGAUAGUCCAACUGCAAGUUUUGCAAUGAAGGAGUGUAACCAACAACACCAGAAUGGCCUCAGAAAUGAGGAAUAUUGUAGUGAGGAAAGGAGCAAUAGCAGUGCGCAAGGUAUCGAUUGGAAGAGUUUGGACAACUUGUUCGGGUCACAAUUGAGUGACACAGCUUAUUUUUCACAUCCAAACUUGCCCUUGAUGAUGCCCCAUAAUAACCAUGAUCAAGCUAGUCAUAUCCUAGGAUGCUUCCCAGAUUCAUAG